UAUAUCCAACAUCCAUACAGUUAAACCCGGAUUAUAUUACUCUUACUUAAGUCAUUUCAUCCACGAAUCUCUCAUCCCUAAGAAGAAAUGGAAAAGAUCCAGCACAGCCAUGUAGAAGUAAGAGGACUCAAGCUUCAUGUAGCCCAGAUUAAUGUCUCCGGUAAAAAGGCGGUGAUGUUCUUGCAUGGGUUCCCUGAAAUAUGGUAUACGUGGAGGCACCAGAUGAUUGCUGCUGCAAACGCCGGUUACCGAGCAAUAUCCAUAGAUUUCAGGGGCUAUGGACUGUCUGAACAGCCUGCUGAGCCAGAAAAUGCUACUUUCAAAGACGUUGUUGAUGAUGUUAUUGGCCUUCUUGACUCUCUGGGAAUCAAUAAGGCUUUUAUUGUUGGAAAGGACUUCGGAUCCAUGCCGUCAUACCUAGUGGCAGCUGUCCACCCAGAAAGGGUGAUAGGCGUCAUAACACUUGGUGUUCCUUUCUUAAUACCUGGUCCUUCCGCCAUCCAAAAUCACCUCCUUCCUGAAGGCUUCUACGUAACGAGGUGGCAGGACCCAGGAAGGGCAGAAGCGGAUUUUGGCCGUUUUGAUGUGAAGACAGUGAUAAGGAACAUCUAUCUUCUCUUCUCAGGAAGUGAGGUUCCCAUAGCAUCAGAGGGUCAAGAAAUCAUGGACUUGUAUGACCCAUCUACUCCUCUGCCACCAUGGUUCUCUGAGGAAGUUCUCUCAGUCUAUGCAUCCUUAUAUGAGAAAUCUGGAUUCCGUUUUGCAUUGCGGGUUCCCAACAGGUAAAGAAAAGUUCCCCCAAGUAGUAGGCCC